ACAUUGUUGUUGUUUUGUAGUUAAUUCAGUGCGAGGAUUGAGCGCUGCCCGCCUGCCGCGUUUCUCCGCUUGGAUCAAGCCACCGCGCCGCUUGGAUAGGAAACCUACUCCAACAUCUUUACGCAUCCCAGUCCACAUUUAGCAACGUUCACAGAGUGCACAACUGUGUGGUUCAAGUCAGUUUUCUGCAUGCAGGGAAUGACGACUCAUUUCAAGACAAGCAAAGCUUUAAAGGUCAAGAAGGAGACAGGUGAGAAUGCUCCGGCACUCAGUGACGAUGAGUUGGUGGCCAUGUCCGUGCGGGAGCUAAACCAGCACCUGCGUGGACUGACAAAGGAGGAUGUCGUACGACUAAAGCAGCGGCGACGGACCCUGAAGAACCGAGGCUAUGCCGCCAGCUGUCGCAUCAAGCGUGUCACUCAGAAGGAGGAGCUGGAGAGACAAAAGACAGAGCUGCAGCAGGAGGUGGACAAGCUGGCGCGAGAGAAUGCCAGCAUGAGGCUGGAGCUGGACGCGCUGCGAGCCAAGUACGAGGCCUUGCAGUGUUUUGCCAGGACUGUAACCCGAGGGCCAAUCUCACCAGGCAAGGUGGCCACCACCAGCGUUAUCACCAUCGUCAAGUCCGCUAACCACAACAACACCAACCAAACCCCAUUCUCAGCUCCUUCCUAGUGCUGACAGGACUGACCUUUCUCUUCUGCUGCCUGGUCUUCGCUGGUUCUUUGCUAUUUGAACCAAGUCAUCCUGUGCUGGGAGGACGCUCAGUGAUUUAUUAGACUGAAGGAUUGGGUGCCAAGCUCUAUGUCACGUUAUGCUGCAUUUAAAGUUCUGUCUCCGUUCGCCUGUCCCUCACACUUAACACUGUCUGCACACUGUUCACCCCCUGUCCUGACCCCCAGCACCGGCAGGGUGUUUGGCCACUGUGACCCUACCUCUGUGACUGAUGACAGAAAUCUAGUAGACCAUGUCUUUCAUGGGGCGACCAGUCUCAGACAGGUGUAAUACUUGAAGCUGCAGAACAUAAAAUAUAAACCAUUUGACCAUGUGACAUAAAAGCUUUUCUUUCAAACUAUAAGUUAGGCCGUCAAAGCUAUUUCCUUCAAUGAAAAGGCGUAAUCUAUAAUUCAACCAAAUUAGUCUUUAAAUUUACCAGCUUUCAGUUAAAGUAGAAGUUUCUAUAUAAUUUUGGUUUUGGAAGUGACAGAUAAAAUGCCAUCUUAUUUAGCUUAUGAAGCCAUAAAAGGAACAGUUUAAGAAAUAGUAAAGCUAAAGAGUGUGUUUUGUACUGCAUGUUUAAAAAACACCGAGGAUUGUGUUGUAUUUGGAAAGGAACACGAAAUCUAGACCAUGUCUCCAACUAUCUUUGCCCCAAUGAGGAGAUUAUUCGAAAAACUACUUUUUUCUUUGUUUUGGAUUUAAGGGUUAAAUUAGUUAAAGGUGGAUUCUGUUUGGCAAGUUACUUAACUUCUGAAUGAUUAUUUUAUAGCCCCUUAGCUCAAAGUUACAAGUUUCCUUUUUUUUUAAAAAAAAAAGCAUUAACUGGUUUCAAACCUCUUUAUCAACAUGUUACUAAAAACACUUGGAUGUGUUUACGAAGCAGAUUGAGCAAAAACUUUGUUACAUAGCACUUAUAACUGUAAAGAUACAGUAAUACUGUAAUGUAUGUGCUUGGGCUUAAAUGUGAGAUGAUGUGGUGGGAUUGUUUAGUAGAAUUUUUUAAGAAAGCAAGUACGGUAAACCCUACUACACUUGCAAAGUUUGCUGGGUAAUCCAUAUUGGAUAUAGCGAUAAUGAAAGCUGUCCUUAAAAAAAUAUAUAUAUAUAUAAAAAAAUCGACUAUCUUCCUGUAUAUUACAGAAAAUAGGUGACAGAGCAUUCGCUAGCUCUGUUUCCAAAUAGUUUGAUAACUCCGUCCAGAAGAAAAAACACAUUCCUAACGCUGGGUCACAAGUGCUGCUGCUGCCGGUGUUGGUAUUUUUACAACCAGUAGCUAUUUACUUUGCAUUUGACACACUCUUUUACAAGAGAAACUCCUGACGCCCGUCUUUUAAAACAGUUAUCGAAUGCAGUAAUGACUUUCUCUAUAUGAGCAUCUUGCAAUAUUUAAAUAUAAAGCUGACUUGAAAACAAGCUGUUCCUACAGAGGAUCCACUCCCAACUAGGAGUGAUAUAAUAGAGGCGGAUCAUGUCAGGAUUUCAUCUUGCCUAAGAGGACAUGACUGUUCUUCCCCUGUUCAAUAGCUGCAAAGAACAGAAUGGGGAACUAUGCUGCUGUACCACCUGCUGUGAUUUCAUUUUUUAAGCAGGGGCAUUGCUGUGUCUUUACUCUUUGAAAUUUCACCCAAUUCCUAUGUUGAUAUGUCCCAUGUUUGUUUUGUUUUUUUCCUGAUAGUUUUAUACAGUCUGCAUACAAAAAACAUAAAAGAUAUAUACGUGUAUAUAUAUAUAUUAUUUUUUCUGUCUAUAUUACUAUAAUUGGAGUGGUGUGUCUGUGUAAUCACUCACUGUGUUCACAUUUAUAACUGUACAUAACUGAAUUAUGAGUAUUUAUGCUCGACAAUUAGCUACCAAGAGUUAAAUUCAGAUCAGCUCAUAUUCUAAAACCCAGCAGACAAUGGGAAACACAGUUAUGUCAGCUUUAAGCACAAAGAUCUGUCCAUCAGCAAUGUUAAAAUUUAAGUGAAACACAAAACUGACCUAAUUAGAAUGAUAAACUGUGUAAAAAGAUCAAGUGGAAAUUUUUAAACAUGCAUUUUUCCUUUCUCACAAAGACAAGUUGUUUUAUUUAAAUGACUGCAACAUCAGAGCGUUUUUAAGGAUUCACGUAUAACUUUUAACUUAUUAAACUGUGUGUUUUCCUGGUUCACAUAGGUACUAUGUGUACAGGAUGUAUCAUGAUGGUAAAGAUUUUACUGCUUUAUGUAUUCAGCGUUGCUAACACAGACCUGUUAAUGUGAAAGUCUGUUUCACUCCUAAAGUCAAAAAAAUAUAUUUUGUUUACAUUGUUAAAUUUGACGUAGUCAUGACUGACAAAAUGCAAAGCAUUAUACUGACCUCUAGUGGUAAAUCUUAAAAAAAAAAAAUGAAUAGCACUUAUACUGAAUCUGAGACUAAGUUGAUUGGUUUGAGCACAACUUAUCAUUUGUCCUGAUUAUUUGUCAGUGCAAUUUUUUUUUUAAAGUGCCAAUUAAGACAAACCUUUCUCUGGGUGAAAUAAAUACAAAGUCAUUUUCUGUAACCUCGCAGAUCUUUUCUUCAAAUCAGCAGAAACCCUUUUUCCAGUUCAUUUAAGCAGAUGUUAAAAAUGUAGGUGGUUUAUUUGUUAGACAGAUAGCUUCCUUUUAGAGAUUUUUUAAACUUGGUCCAGACAUUUUUUUCCCCUUUUCUCAAGUGUAAAUAUAUUUGGUAACAUCCAGGAGCUGUUCUAUCCCGUCCAACACUUUUUGUAUGGAUUGUACAUAUAAAAAGAUCUUGUAUUUUUAUGAAAAAGUUGCUAUAGAUUAUUUUUCUGAAAAAGAUCAGAUUAAAUAAGCUCUUAACACCAGUUUAGCCAAUCUACAAGUUACUUUUUGAAUUAAGCCAUGUAGUUAGAGUCUGCUAUAGUACUGGCUAUAGAAAGGACAAAACAAGUCAAAUGCUAUUUUAAGGACUGCAAAUUCUAUGCUGAGUUUGUUAUGUUUGUUUUCCGUUUUUUUUCUUAGCAAUGAGUUGAAAUAAAGUCUAAAUGGCAGCAUAAACUGGUUACUUUCCCUUUAAAAUUGUCAUUAGUUUGCUGUUGGGUCUGUAUUUAUUUCAUUGAUUUGUGUAAUUGUGUUAAAGAACAGCUAAAUUAUUAUUUUUUUUAAUACACAUUCAUUUAUUUACAUGCUUUUUCAAUAAACUACCCUGAGUACAAAUAAAACUUUUUUUUCCUGCUCCAACAGAAAAAAACAUUUGGUAAUUAUUACCAUGUCUUUUUUUUAUACCUUUGAAUAAAUUUUUUUCCUCAUUAAAAACGUUCACUCAGUUUGUUGCAGGAAAGUUUCAAAACAAAUAAUUUAAUCUGAAUUUAACACCAGUUUCAAACUACCCUGUACACACUUGCAUUAACAAUGAAUGCACUGCCUCAAAAAAAAAAAAAAAAAGUCAUUGGCACAAGAUAAAAAAAAGAAAAGAAAAUAACUAAGAAACACAGAAAGGUCCCUGAAGAAAACAUAGAGAUUAAAGGUGCAAUUUAUAAAUACAUGUUCAACUUAUGAAAUGGCCAGAACUUUUUUAAAAUAAAUAGAUUCAACAGUUUUAGAAUUACACAUAGUCACAAAAACAGAUCAAACUGAACUGCAGAACCAAAACUAAUCAACUAGUGGACAUAUGUCAUAACUUAUACCUAACAAGAUGGGAUAAAUUUAGCAAUGAAAUUAACUCAUUAAACUAUAUACAAAAUAGACACAAGAGAGGCUAUUUCUGGAAAAAAAAAA